UGAUCGAUCAUCCCUAUAUAUAUAUAUAUGUGCAACUGAAGUACAUUGAACAUGAGGAACCUCUGAAUUGAUCAAUCCAAAACCAUGUCUGUGAUCCUACCCUUUGUCUCAAUCUUUCUGCUCCAUGUUCUAACGGCAACCUCAGAGACCAUUCUCCAAUGCCUCUCUCUCCAUUCUGACCCUUCUCGUCCAAUCUCUGCAGUCACCUAUUUCCCAAAAAACCCUUCAUACCCUCCCAUUUUGGAGGCCUACAUCAGAAACCUGAGGUUAAGUUCCCCCACAACCCCAAAACCAACCUUCAUUGUUGCACCAACACACGUGUCCCACAUCCAAGCCUCCAUCAUCUGCUGCAAAAGGUUCAAUCUUGAGAUCAGAACAAGAAGUGGGGGGCACGACUUUGAAGGCCUCUCGUACAUGUCACAAACCCCAUUUGUGAUUGUGGACAUGUUCAUGCUGAAAUCAGUGGAGGUCGACGUCGAGGACCAGACAGCGUGGGUUGACUCGGGGUCAACGAUUGGUGAGCUUUACUAUGCUAUUGCUGAGAAGAGUAGGGUCCUAGGUUUCCCUGCUGGCGUGUGUCACAGUGUUGGUGUUGGAGGGCAUUUCAGUGGAGGAGGGUAUGGGAACAUGAUGAGAAGGUUUGGUCUCUCAGUGGAUAAUGUUUUGGAUGCCCUAAUUGUGGAUUCUGAAGGAAGAGUCUUGGAUAAGGCAACAAUGGGUGAAGAUCUUUUCUGGGCCAUUAGAGGAGGUGGUGGUGCUAGCUUUGGGGUUAUUGUUUCAUGGAAAAUUAGGUUAGUUCCUGUGCCUGAGGUUGUCACGGUUUUCAGAAUUGAAAAAACAUUGGAACAAGAUGCCAGUGAUCUUGUUUUUCAGUGGCAGUAUGUUGCUGAUAAGAUACACGAUGGCUUGUUCAUUAGGGUGGUUCUUAGUCCCGUGACGAGAUCGGAUCGGAAGACAAUAAAGGCCAAGUUCAAUGCCUUGUUUCUUGGAAAUUCACAAGAGCUUCUUUCUGUGAUGAAUCAAAGUUUCCCUCAACUGGGUUUGGUUGCCGAACAGUGCAUUCAAAUGAGUUGGAUUCAGUCGGUGUUGUUUUGGGAUAACUAUCCGGUGGGGACUUCGGUUGAUGUUUUGCUUCAAAGACAUGCAACAAAAGAGAAAUUCUUGAAGAAGAAAUCAGAUUAUGUGCAGCAACCUAUCUCCAAAGCUGCCCUUGAAGGUAUAUGGAAGAUGAUGAUGGAACUAGAAAAGCCUGUUUUCACAUUCAACCCCUAUGGUGGGAAAAUGGGUGAGAUUUCUGAGUUCGAAACACCGUUUCCACAUAGGUUUGGUAACAUAUUUAAAAUUCAGUACUCUGUGAGUUGGGAUGAGGAGGGUGAAGAUGUUGCUAAACAAUAUUUAUAUCAGAUUCGGAGGCUAUAUGAUUACAUGACUCCUUAUGUGUCAUACUCACCUAGAAGUUCGUAUCUGAACUAUAGAGAUGUUGAUAUAGGUGUCAAUGGCCCUGGAAAUGCUACUUAUGCACAGGCUAGUGUUUGGGGUAGGAAGUAUUUCAAGAGAAAUUUUGAUAGGCUGGUGCAGGUAAAGACCAAGGUAGAUCCUAGCAAUUUUUUCAGAUAUGAACAGAGUAUUCCAUCACUUGCAUCUGCUCAUAGUAUAGUGUCAGAAUAGAAGAAUCCUUGAAAGCUUGAAGAGGUGUAUAAUAAAGGUCUGAUUCAGGACAAAUGGUAUCUAUAAGCAACUGGAAAGCCAGUUCAGACUUGGAGGUUAAUUUGUCAUAAAAUUUGAUUGGUUAGAGAACUAUUUGCUAUGCAAUUGUAUUUUUUCCUGAUCAAGGGACUAUUUUUAAUUUCAA